CACCGGCCAAGCAGAGACCGCAGCAAAGGACGACCACGUUUAGGGCCAGAUAUCCACCCGCUCGUUCGCCGUGGCCGCCCCGCCACAUAAACCGUCCCUGCCUCCCACUACUCCCGAGCUCGCGGUCCCCGACGGCUACCAUGGCGCGGCAAAUCGUGCCUUCUAGAAGCUUCCACAGCCUCCUCACCUCUCGGCACUACCCGCUCCCCUCCCCGGCGCCACCGCUCCGCCCUCUACUUCUACCGAAAGCCCUAUCUCGGGCCACCGCCGCCGCCACCCCGCAACUCCCUCGCCGGGGGCGACGUCCCGUCGUCGCCGCCUCCGCCUCCGCCCCAGCGCCUUCCUCGUCGGAGACCGAGGCGGUGCCGGGGGCAUGGGGGAAGGUCUCGGCCGUGCUGUUCGACAUGGACGGCGUGCUCUGCAACAGCGAGGAGCCGUCGCGUCGCGCCGCCGUGGACGUCUUCGCCGAGAUGGGCGUCGACGUCACCGUGGAUGACUUCAUCCCCUUCACGGGCACAGGUGAGGCCAAUUUCCUUGGAGGUGUUGCCAGGGUGAAAGGAGUGAAAGAUUUCAGUACUGAAAGCGCCAAGAAGCGCUUUUUUGAGAUAUACCUUGACAAGUAUGCUAAACCAAAUUCUGGAAUUGGGUUCCCAGGGGCUCUGGAACUCAUCAUGGAGUGCAAAAACGCAGGUCUGAAGGUCGCUGUUGCAUCUAGCGCUGAUAGGGUUAAGGUUGACGCAAAUCUGGUGGCUGCUGGUUUGCCUGUAUCGCUAUUUGAUGCUAUUGUUUCCGCUGAUGCUUUUGAAAAUUUAAAGCCUGCUCCAGACAUAUUCCUUGCAGCAUCUAAGAACUUAGGUGUUGACACAGAUGAGUGCAUCGUGAUAGAAGAUGCGCUUGCUGGAGUUCAAGCUGCGAAAGCUGCGGAAAUACGAUGUAUUGCUGUGACGACUUCUCUAGAUGAAGAUGCAUUACAACAAGCCAGUCCUGUGUUCAUCAGAAAAGACAUUGGAGAUAUUUCAAUUAAUGACAUCCUGUAUGGUGGUUCUAAUGCUUCCCACAUUGAUGCAGAUGAACGGACAGAAAAUACCGAGAAUAUUAGUUCCUUAGGAAAUGCUUCUCCUGAAAUUCUGAAUGGAGCAACUAAUGCUGAAUCUGUUGAGAAUACAAACUCUUCAAGUUCGAAAGACCAAGGGUUGUUGGGUUCUCGUCGGGAUAUAUUAAGAUAUGGAAGUCUUGGAAUAGCUUUUUCAUGUCUUUUCUUUACAAUCGGAAAUUGGAAGGCAAUGCAGUUCGCAUCUCCUAAAGGUCUGCUUAAUUUUCUUACGGGUGGGAACAGUUCAAUUUUUGCAACUAAUGAAGGAGAAUCACUGUCAUCAAGAGUUCAGCAAAUAAAGAAGUAUUUAGCUGAUUUUGAAACUGGGGGCUCUGCCACUUACGUACCUGAGUUCCCAAGAAAGCUCGACUGGUUGAAUACAGCCCCACUUCAGUUUGGAAGAGAUUUAAAAGGAAGAGUAGUCGUGUUGGAUUUUUGGACAUACUGCUGCAUCAACUGCAUGCAUGUCUUGCCAGACCUGGAGUUUAUAGAGAAGAAGUAUAAAGAUAAACCUUUCACUGUUGUUGGUGUUCAUUCUGCCAAAUUUGACAAUGAAAAAGAUCUUGAAGCCAUCCGCAGUGCUGUCCUGCGCUACAACGUUACUCAUCCAGUUGUAAAUGACGGUGACAUGUACUUGUGGAGAGAACUGGGGGUGAACUCUUGGCCGACGUUUGUGGUUGUCGCGCCCAAUGGAAAGGUUCUAGCACAAAUAUCAGGCGAAGGCCACAGAAAGGACCUUGAUGACGUAGUUGGUGCAGCACUUGAGUUUUAUGAUGAAAGGAAAUUACUACAGAAUAAUUCCCUCCCCUUGGCGUUGGAGAAGGACAGGGAUAGUCGAUUAAUAACUUCACCACUAAAGUUUCCUGGGAAACUUGCAAUUGAUGUACAGAACAAUCGAUUAUUUAUAUCAGACAGUAACCACAAUCGAAUUGUGGUCACUAACCUGGACGGGGAAUUUAUAUGCCAAGUUGGAAGUUCGGAAGAAGGACUACUUGAUGGUCAAUUUGAUACUGCCUCGUUUAAUCGCCCUCAAGGUCUUGCAUACAAUUUCAAAAAGAAUAUCCUAUAUGUAGCGGACACUGAGAACCAUGCACUGCGAGAGGUUGAUUUUGUUAAUGAGACUGUCAGAACACUAGCUGGAAAUGGGACCAAAGGUUCCGACUACGAAGGAGGAGGCCGAGGAACUAGUCAGGUUCUAAAUUCACCAUGGGAUGUCUGCUAUGCUCCCUCGGAGGAGACCGUGUACAUUGCGAUGGCGGGACAACAUCAAAUCUGGAAACACAACACCCUUAAUAGUGUAACUGAAGUUUUCAGUGGUAAUGGCUCCGAAAAAAAUCUGAAUGGUUCAAGCCCCACCAACACAUCGUUUGCGCAGCCAUCUGGGAUUUCAUUGGAUCCUGAAUUGCGGGAGUUAUUUGUUGCUGAUAGUGAAAGCAGUUCCAUUCGAGCUGUUAAUAUGAAGUCAGGGGGGUCAAGAUGGCUUGCUGGGGGAGAUCCAAAUUUUCCAGAUAAUUUGUUUAGGUUUGGCGAUCAUGAUGGGACUGGCUGGGAUGUGCUACUCCAGCAUCCCUUGGGUGUUGUCUAUGCUAGCGAUAAUCAAAUAUAUGUUGCAGAUUCUUAUAAUCACAAGAUAAAAAAGUUAGAUCCUGUCACAAAAAAAGUUACAACGAUUGCUGGUACCGGACGUGCAGGAUACAAGGAUGAUGAUGCCUUGUCAGCUCAACUAUCUGAGCCAGCUGGACUUGUUGAAGUUGGAGAAGGAAGAUUUCUUGUAGCAGAUACAAACAACAGUGCAAUCAGAUCUAUAGUUUUGAAUGAGAGAGGUGCUGAGGUGCGCACACUAGAUUUGACUGGAGUGCAGCCGCCAUCACCAAAACCGAAGGCGUUGAGACGCCUAAGACGACGGUUAUCAGCAGACACAAAUGUUAUUAAUGUUGAUGGUGGUUCCUCAAUGGAAGGAUAUGUGUCUCUUGCAAUCUCAAUUCCUGAUGGUUACCAUUUCUCAAAGGAAGCACGCAGCAAAUUUGAUGUGGAAACAGAACCAGCUAAUGCAAUUGAGAUCGAGCCAGUGAAUGGAUCUCUAAACUCAGAUGGGCAGGCGUCACUCAAGUUCAAAAGAACAUCAUCAUCAUCAUCAUCAACAGGAAGGAUCAACUGCAAGGUUUACUACUGCAAAGAAGACGAAGUUUGUCUUUACCAAUCUGUGGCUUUUGAUGUCAAAUUCCAAGAGGGGGUACCCAGUCCUGCACCAAUUACUCUAGCCUAUACUGUGGUGCCGAGAGAUAAUUCAGGUAGUUCGCAGUUAAUGGCUGCUGGUAAGAACUUAUAAGGUAUAGUCAGAUCCAGGGUGGUUGCGUACCGUGCAUUCUUAUCCUGACUCUGAUUUUGUCUCUAGUCUAUGUUGUGGGCUGACAUGCAGACUCACCCUUGCUCCACUCGUAUCCCCGUGGCUGGCGGGACAUCAAACGUGAUUAGUUAUAUAAUAUUGCCUGUCCGUUGAUUGUUUGAACACCCAUAUGGAGUCCAUUUGUCAUCCAACGAGAAUCAUCUUUAUCCAAA